CGGCGCCCGCCGGCCUCACACAGCCGCGGAGCAGCGGGAGGACGAGGAUGCAAAGUGCUAUGUUCUUGGCUGUUCAACACGACUGCAGACCCAUGGACAAGAGCCCAGGCAGCGGCCACAAGAGCGAGGAGAAGCGGGAAAAGAUGAAGCGGACCCUUUUAAAAGAUUGGAAGACCCGUUUAAGCUACUUCUUGCAAAAUUCCUCUACUCCUGGGAAGCCCAAAACCGGCAAAAAAAGCAAACAGCAAGCUUUCACCAAGCCAUCUCCUGAGGAAGCACAGCUGUGGUCAGAAGCAUUUGAUGAGCUGCUGGCCAGCAAAUAUGGUCUUGCUGCAUUCAGGGCCUUUUUAAAGUCUGAAUUCUGUGAAGAAAAUAUUGAAUUCUGGCUGGCCUGUGAAGACUUCAAAAAAACCAAAUCACCCCAAAAGUUGUCCUCAAAAGCAAGGAAAAUAUAUACUGACUUUAUAGAAAAGGAAGCUCCAAAAGAGAUAAACAUAGAUUUUCAAACCAAAACUCUGAUUGCCCAGAAUAUACAAGACGCCACAAGUGGCUGCUUUACAACCGCCCAGAAGAGGGUAUACAGCUUGAUGGAGAACAACUCUUACCCCCGUUUCUUGGAGUCGGAAUUCUACCAGGAUUUGUGUAAAAAGCCACAAAUUGCCACAGAGCCCCAUGCUACAUGAAAUGUGAAAGAGAGCCUGAAAAUGGAGGACAUUUCAUUCUUUUUCCUAAGGGGAAAGACUGACCUUGAAUUCAGCCUGAGUGUUGGGGAAACAUCACUCAGAACUAUUGAUUCAAAGUUGGGUAGUGAAUCAGGAAGCCAGUAACUGUCUAGAAGAAGCUGGUAUCAGAACAGCUUCCCUCACUGUGUGUAGAACACAAGAAGGGAAUAGGGGGUCUGAACGUGAUGCCUCACUCUGAAAGCAGGAAUGUAAGAUGAUGAAAGAGACAACGUAAUACUGUUGGUCCAAAAGCAUUUAAAAUCAAUAGAUCUGGGCUUAUGUGGCCUUAGGUAGCUGGUUGUACGCCUUUCCCUAAAUCAGUCCCUGUUACCGCAUAGUUUUAGUUUUGUGCUCAGUAAAGUGUUUACUAUGUGCAAGGGUAUUGAAGUUCUCACGACCACAGAUCAUGGGUACUGUUGUCUCAUGUUAUGCUGAAGCUGAAAUGGUCCACAUUUGCAUUGUUAGAAAUGAUAUGUGAAGUAGAAUGAGUGCUGUGGUGUUGAAAACUGCAGUGUCCGUUACGAGUGCCAAAAAUCUGUCUUGAAGGCAGCUACACUUUGAAGUGGUCUUUGAAUACUUUUAAUAAAUUUAUUUUGAUAAGUAAAUUGAA